GGCAAAUAUAAAUUUAGAUAAAACUCAAACAAAAUGAUUACAACCAACAAGAAGGUAUAGCGGUCCACCCCAAGGCAUGACUCAUGAGAAUGGUUUCAAUCCAACCUAAAAGGCUAACAAGCCCAAUGAAACCUACUCCAAAGCUAAAAAAUACAACUAACAGAGGCAUUUACAAUCUGAUAAAAGAGCAUGAAGUCGGCUUCUUUCUCAGUCACCUGGUUACCAAAAGCAACUAGAUCGGAGGUAAUGGCCAACCCAAGAAGAUUGCUACCAAUUGUGAUUCUAUGGGUUUUAAUCAUUUUCGGCACUCUCGCUCUGAUUCUGAAUCGGUUAAGCGAUGCGGGGGUUUCAUCAUAUCAAAAGGCGAUUGGUGAUCGGAAUCUCGCCAGUGAGCUGGAAGAGGAUGUUGAUCAAGUGACACAUAAAGUUUACUUCGACAUUAACAUAAAUGGAAAGCACAUUGGGCGUAUUGUGAUGGGCCUCUUUGGGAAAACCGUACCUCGGACUGCAGAAAAUUUUCGAGCUCUUUGCACAGGGGAGAAAGGAACUGGAACAAGUGGGAAGCCCCUUCAUUUCAAAGGGAGCAAAUUCCAUAGGAUCAUACCAAGCUUUAUGAUCCAAGGAGGUGACUUCACUCGGGGAGAUGGCCGUGGUGGGGAAUCAAUUUACGGUGACAGAUUUCCUGAUGAGAACUUCAAGUUGAAGCACACUGGUCCUGGAGUUCUCUCGAUGGCAAACUCUGGAGUGGAUAGCAACGGAUCUCAGUUUUUCAUCACCACUGUAACAACAAGCUGGUUGGACGGGCAUCAUGUUGUAUUUGGGAAAGUGUUGUCGGGUAUGAAUGUGGUGAAGAUGAUGGAGUCUCAGGGCAGGCAGAGUGGGAGUCCCAAAAGCACAGUUAUCAUCUCAGACAGCGGUGAACUGCCGUUGUGACCCUCUUUUGAAUUCGCCCUUGUGGACUUGUUUGUGUUCAUUAUACUUUGAUACAUAACUAGUAGUUUAGAUCCGCAGAGAUUAGUUGAAUUUACUGGUGACUUGAAUUCUGAAGGUUUGAGCUGACUGGAGAAUAAUGUACACAUAACAGAUCAACUCCAAAUGCAGGUCAUAAUCCAUGUUCCUUUAGAUUUAGCAACAAAUAAAAAAUGCUACUAAUUCUACUUGUUACACCUCUAGUGUCAAUUCAAGUCACUGCUAUUAUCAGUGUGUAUUAUGAGAUAGAUAAUAAACAAAAAGUCUCAACUUUGUCUUGCUGAAAAGAUUCAGCAUCACACCCUUGUCGGCUUCUUAUUAUUUCGCUAAGAUACUUUCUCAGAUAUAGUAUAUAUAUAUCAUGUGUAUGCGUGUGGUACUUCUACACAGUGGAGAAAUAUCUAAUUUCAUU